UCACACUCAGUAUCGAUAGUACCGAAUUGUCUUUUCCCUUUACAAUAAAUUAUUUCGUCAAAUGUACUUUAUAGUGUUCGUGGUCACGAAACGAUAGGUUGAUGUUUAAGCAAAAACGUUAUUCACACUGUCGGUUCUAUUGUUCCCAAGUUUUAACGACUUAAUAUUCCACAAAGUAUAAAUUCUAUAUGUUUUUACGGUUAUAUAUUGUUUGGCAUAUAAUACUUUGAACAAUGACAACCGAAAUACAAAAAAGUGACAAUUCCUUUGCGGAUGAUUUAACAUUUUUCUCGUUAAUAGAUGAUACCACGAGAGAAUGGCUUCAUUCUCUAAAUCACAUAUGGCAGUUGUGGAAGAAAUGUGAUAGUGUAACAAAAACAUUGAUAGAAUAUUUUGAAAGUGCACCAAACCCAUAUUUAAGCACGAUACGAAUAUUAGUAAAUACUUCAGACUUUAAGCAUAUGAAACCAAAUUCAUCGUUAGCAUUUACAGUAAUUGAAGAAUAUACAAAAUGGCUAGAACCACGAAGAGAUAUGUACGAACAUUUUUUAGAGUUGGACUUAAAAUUAGCAACAUUUCGAUUAAUCACUACACAAAAUAAUAUGCAGUUCAUUAAAAUGGUUGCAAUUACAUAUGAUUUUAUUAGCCACAAUGUGGAAUUUCUUAGUAUAAUACAGAAAAUGAUUGAUGAACAAAAGUAUAAAGAAGCUGCACAGUAUGUAAUUAUGUUGCAAUUACAAGAUCGUUUUACAAAUCCAGAAACACUAUUAUUACCUCUAACAUUACAAAAUAAGUUAAUAAUAGUAGAAGAACUACUGGCUAAUUGUCCAGAAAUGCAAAAGGCUUUGGUCACAUAUCUGGAUAACCUAAUUGGACCUGAUGUUCAUAUGCAUGUCAUAUUAGAUGAAUUAAUUAAAAGAAAAAACAUCCAACAUGUAAACAUGUCGACAACACAAAUUAAACCAAUGACGAAGCUGAUUGCACGUUUAGUUAAAUUGUACAACCUUCCACCUGAAUUUUGUCCAAAUUUAAAUAGAAAAAGGUGUGAAGGGGCUCUACAAUUUUUAAUACAUAAAAGAUAUGUGGAUGGUAGUUUAAGUACACCAAGUUGGAGGGAGAUGGUUCAAGAAACUAUAGGAAAUGAUAUUAAAUUACAGCUUCAUAUGAUAAGAUUAUUAAUUCAUGCACAAGAUACAAAAGAAGGCUUGUAUUGGGCAAAAGAAUUUAACAUACCUAAAGAGCAAUGGCCAUGGGCAAUUGUGUAUGAAGAAGAACAUGUUGAACCUGAAGGAAUAAAUGAAGGAGCAUCGACUAGUAGAAGUGAAAUAAGCAACAGUGAAGAUAAUACGGAUACUACAAAUUGUCAUGAACUAAGAUUGUCAAAAGAUUCUAUUAAAAUAAUAGAUAACGCACGAAGUUUCGAAGAAUUUCUUGACACUGGAUUAAAAAGUGUCUUUAUUGUUGGUAUCGAUUCAGAAUGGAAGCCUUGUUUUGGCACAAAGCAAACUGAGAUAGCUUUAAUACAAAUAGCUACAGAAACUAAUGUAUACAUCUUGGAUGUAACAACAAUGGGAAAUAAGUCACCGGAAUUAUGGACCGAAUUGGCUCUAACUUUAUUUGAGAACAAGAAUAUUUUAAAACUGGGAUUUGGUAUAGCUCAGGAUAUGUCGGUUAUGCGGGAGAGCCUACCUGCAUUGUCAAAAAUAAAAACACAUGGGCAAGGUUAUGUAGAUAUUGUUCAUUUGUGGCAGAUAUUAGUGAAUGAUUAUAAAUUUGUCUUCCCUCAUGAAAGUAAUGACCAUUGCACCAAACAAAGUUUGAGUAAACUUGUAGAACUUUGUCUUGGACAAAAAUUAAAUAAAUCUGAUCAGUUUUCUAAUUGGGAACAAAGACCUUUACGGAGUGGUCAAAUUACAUAUGCUGCAUUAGACGCAUAUUGCCUGUUGGAAAUAUAUGGAGUUUUAGAGAAGCAGUGUGAACGUUUAGAUAUACCGUUUCUUGAAAUUUGUACAGAAAUACAACAUAUUCCGCAUCGCUCGCCGAAACGAAAUACAAAAAAAGCUACGCCUAAUCAAACAAGCACCAAGCCAGCAAGAAGCGAAAAUUUUCAACAGCCGAGGCAUCAAAAUAAACAGGAAUAUCCAAAUAGACCGAUACGCUCAAACAAUCCAAGGCAUCCAAAUACAGCAAAUGGUCCAGUAGCACAUUUAAGGAAUCAACAAUUUGCAAAUAAACCGAAUCACAUAAGGAGAGAAAAUUCCAUGAUAGAAACGUCACAAAAUCAAAUCAAGAUAAAUGAGUUUCAGGUGCCGGCACAUAAGUGGCGUGUUGUGUGUGAUUCCAUGUUAGGUGGAUUAACCAGUAAGUUAAGAAUGUGUGGAUGUGAUUGCGCUCACGUAGGUUUUGAUCAAAAUGGAGAACGAUCUUUAAAAAUAGCUGUAAACGAAAACCGGGUACUUCUGACUCGUAACAAGAAUUAUUUACAGUUUUCAAAAUAUCUAAAACCGAAUAGAUAUUACUUGGUAAUAGCCGAUCGUCCCGACGAUCAGUUACGGGAGGUAUUGGAAUAUUUUAGGGUUCUUGUUACGCAGAGAGACGUUUUCAGUCGGUGCCAAAUUUGUAACAGUGAUGAGUUUGCUAAAGUUCCCAAGUCUGUAAUGGAUAAACUUGUCAAAAACUUUGUUAAAAUAACUCGUGAGAAUAAUUAUCGUAUACUUGCAAGUACAGCAAAUGACAGUAGUGUACAAGAUAAUUAUUAUGCAAACAAUGCUUUGCAAUGCGAGGAUCGUACAUGGAUAUUGAGUACGAACACUGUGCUCAUUGACUCGUGUUUAACAAGAUACUUAAAACAAAUACAAAUUAAUAAAAUACCAAUAAAUGUAUUAAGAAAUGUACAAGUUUAUUAUGUAUGCGAAAACUGUGGACAGGUUUAUUGGAAUGGAAGUCAUAUAGAACGCACGCUGAAACACACUAUCAAAGAUAUUAUUUCCAAAUGAAUGUUGGUUACCAUUAAACAUAACACGGUGUCAAAGCAGUGUUAACACGCUGCAAGCACAAAUCAAAAUUACCUUUAUUUAUUUAAUGUUGUCAGUAAGGACUGUUCCUACAAUAUGCUAUGUUAAACCAGUACAUACUUAGAAAUUUAAGAACUUUUCUAAUAUCUUUAAAGACUUACAUAAUCCUAAAAAAA